AUGACAGGUCUCAAGCUCAGCACGCUUGGCCUCAAUGAGCCGCUAAAGAUCACUCUGGUCCCACACAAGUAUGCAGCGGCUCAGCUGAGCCAUGAAGCCACUGUACAGAGAGUCCCACCUCUCAAUGUCCGUGUGUCCUAUGCCCUUGGAAUAGUCACCCUUUUUCCCAAUUUGAAGGAUAAGGCGUCACCAACUGGUUAUGAACAUUACUAUGAUCCUCGCAGUGGCCAAGGUUUGAUUAACCAAGACUUCACGUUGUUGUUGGGAGAGGACACUUCAGGAAAGUUUAUUUCAAAAUGGCCAACAUUCUACAAACCGAGGAUCAUCAGUGUCUGCAAAUGCCUUCGCCCUGGUCCCCAUGUGGAUGACCUUCUGUCUGCUCAAGAGGGAUCUAAUGAUUAUGGAUGGGACAGUGACUUGGCCGCUAUCCUACUCCUGGUUCAUCUCCUGCCUCCAACCAAGAAGGGGAAAAAAUUUGGGAGAAUCAGUGCAACUGACGCCACUGACCAUGUUGUCAAGUUCAUGAAGCUGUGCGUAGCUCAUUGA